GUGAACGUGACAUGAUUAUUAUGAGACAUGAUAUCGGCAUUCUAUGGCCAAAUGAUACAAGAGAAACACAUCACAUUGAUUUAAUUGUAUAUGGCGACCCUGAUGGAUACUCUGCAAUGGCCAAGACUGUAGGAUUACCAUGUGCAAUUGCUUCUAAAAUGCUGCUGGAAGGUGAAAUUGAACAGAAAGGCAUGGUAGUUCCAUUUCAGAAAGAAAUUUACGAGCCUAUCCUGCAUAUUCUGAAAGAAGAGGGAGUAGUCAGCACUGUCAAAAUUGAAAAAGAACAUUAAAGAUUGUUGCCACUGAGAAAUGACAAGCAUGAGAACAAAUUGAUAAAACAUUGAAUGUAUGUUAAAAUUUGUCAAACUCACAAUUUGUCUCCUAGGAGAUAAUUUUCUAAAUGAACAUUUGUCUGCAUUAGUGUGGUAAGAUUUCUAAUGUGAUUCAAACUGGCACUCUAAUCAUAGUUUGAAGAAGUCUGGAGAAUCAUGUGCCACUGUGAUAAUUUAAGGCCAGUCUAUGGAAUCAAGUGAACAUUGUAUACAUUGUUUUCACUUGGAAAUGAGUUACUAUUAUUUUUUUUAUGGAUUGAAUUCUGUGUGUGCGUUCAUAUCCAGCUGUAUACAUGCUUGGACCAAUUAAGUUGAAUUUUCACACAUACAUCAAACAAUAUAACGGAAAUAUGCACAAGAUUUUGUUCCAUGAUCUGAUUCAAGAUGCAUCAAAAUCACACAUUUUCACCAUUACGAAACUGGAUCUCAGUCGUGCAUGUACAGAUUCUGUUCAAAUUUAAAAUAGAUGUUGAACAUAAUGAGAUCUUACCAGGUAAUAAACAUCAGGCUGACUUGCAAUGCAGUUCUAAAUCCAUAUAUCUGACUUGCAUGGAUCGAUCAAGUUUAAACUUCACACACAUCAGUUUAUAUAUAUAUACUUAAUAUAUAUACUAACAAGGACUAUGUCAUUGACAAUGACUGGUUUAUAUUGUACUAUCAGUAUUAUUUGUCUGUAGUAAAUGAAAUGAAUUUAUGACUUACACAGUUUCACUUUUUGUAAUUUUAGGUAGACUUCUUACAACCUAAUCUGUAUUUAAUCUUUUCAUUAUAAUAGUUGGCGAUAUAAUGUACUCCACAAGGAGUUUUAGAUCUCUAGUUUAAAUAACAUGUGAUAAACAAGGAACUAAGUGCCAUGACAGUGGUACAGUUGUUUGACAGGACAACUUGUACAAUGAAUUGGACAUCUAGGGAAAUGUCACUGAACAAACAAACAAAUUGAAGUAUUGCUUUAUGUAUUUGUGUCAAUCAAUCUGUCCAUUCUUGAAUUUUAUGUCAUUGUUAUGACUUUUAUCAUCUGUACCCCUCAGUGCAAUGCAACAAAUAAAACGUUUUAGUAGCAGCCAACGGAU